AUGUUCGCCAACGAAAGUCUAGCGGCCUUCGCUACCGCCAAGGAUCCUCUCCUGUCGGCCUCUUUCUUCACUUCACCUGGUUUCCCAGGCCACGUGCCCAUCAUUCCCUUCGAGCACUUUCCCACCACCGACCUCAUCUUUGACACCGCAGCCAGGGCGUCAACCUUCGCCGAGGUGCAGACUUUACCAAGUCGCAGCUUACCACAGCGCUAUACGAGUAUCCUGAGUCUUUGGAGGGUGCUUCCGAAGACCGAUAUGUUCGGCAAAUUGGACAAAUUCUUGCAGAGUCAAUUUGUGCUGACAAGCACCACGACAUAUUGA